CUCCCGCUCCUGUUUGCAUCACGCUCCUCUCACAUCUCUUUCUUACAGUUUCAGUUCUGCCUCCCAUCCUCUCUCCCGUCCUUCCCUCCGUCUUUGUGUAUCUGGGUUGCUGUCUGAACUAGUUCAUGUGGAGCUUGCUGGCGGAUGGCGUCAUCGCCCCCUUGUUUAAUUUAUGUUGUUUGAUAGAAACAAGCUGCUCGUUGGACUCGGUCAGGUGGCAACAACGUCUGAGGAGCCCGACUAGGAACAAGAACCAACUCAGAAUCAAGAGUCGUCUGCUGCAGCUGGAGACACCGUCGAUGAGAGCCUGAUUGGACGAUGCUUCCACGCUUCCCGGAGCUCUGAUCAGAACCUGCAGAGCUUCAGAUUCAACCAAUAUUGACCCAGCAGCUGCAGGAUGCCACCUGAGUACAGAUGUAGAGUCCCACUCAGCUGCUCGUGAUGAUCUGCAUGAUCUGAACUGUAACGUCUUCAUCACUCGGCCACUCUCAGGUGUAUUCCUGAUAAAUCCCUCUCUGGUCUCUGGAAAGACGUGACAGUCGUAUGUGAGCGAGGAGCACCUGACAGCACUUUAAGUGAAGCACAUGAAGGAGCCAGACUCUUCUGGGCCCCAGCACAGCACGACUCCUCCUCUCUCCUCCUCCUGAACCUCACUUCACCUCCUCCUCCUCCUCGCUUCCUUAAGUAACUGUGAGGCCGACGUCUUCUGUGCAGCUACACAACAACAGCCGGGAGUGUUUGUGCAGUCAGGAGGCUGCGGAUCAGGACGUCAUUCCACACAGCACCGACCCAGUGGACCCAGUGGACCCAGUAGACCCAGUACAGUCCAGUGAAAUCCCCCUCGGCACUAGAAGAAAUGGCUCGGGCAGCCAUGUCUGUGCCUCCACCCUCCCUCACCUGCCUCCAGCAGCCUCGCCUCUCCUCGUCACUCCUCUUCUUCCUCCUCUGCUGCUCGCUCCUCCUGUUGUGUCCGGGAUCGGUCGAUGCCGGUUCAUCAGAGAAGAACUGCUCAGCGAGUGGAGACCCGUGUCAGGAGGGAGUGGUUCUGCCCGUGUGGAACCCACAGAACCCUUCAGUGGGGGACAAGGUGGCCCGGGCCAUUGUUUACUUCGUGGCGCUCAUCUACAUGUUCCUGGGCAUGAGCAUCAUCGCAGACCGCUUCAUGUCUUCUAUAGAGGUAAUAACCUCCCAAGAGAAGGAGAUAACUAUAAAGCGUCCUAACGGUGAGACCACCACAGCGACGGUCCGGAUCUGGAAUGAGACCGUGUCUAACCUCACCUUGAUGGCGUUGGGUUCGAGUGCCCCUGAGAUCCUGCUGUCUGUUAUUGAGGUGUGUGGUCACGGCUUCGAGGCCGGCUCUCUGGGUCCCAGCACCAUCGUGGGCAGCGCUGCCUUCAACAUGUUCAUCAUCAUCGCCCUCUGCGUCUACGUGGUUCCUGACGGUGAGACGCGGAAAAUCAAACACCUGCGGGUGUUUUUUGUGACAGCGGCCUGGAGCAUCUUCGCCUACAUCUGGCUGUACCUGAUCCUGAGUGUGUUCUCCCCCGGAGAGGUGGAGGUGUGGGAGGCAGUGCUGACCUUCCUCUUCUUCCCCCUCUGCGUCGUCCAGGCCUGGGUGGCCGACCGCCGCCUCCUCUUCUACAAGUACGUCCGCAAACGCUACCGUGCUGACAAGAACCGCGGCAUCAUCAUCGAGACCGAGGGAGGGGCGGACGGAGGGAUGGGAGGUCUGGAUGGAGGUGGAGGGGCGCUGGGGCCCGGGGGCUUCACCAAGAUGGACAUGUUGGAGCUGGACGGACAGAUGGCGCUGAACUGUCACAGCGGGAUCGACGGCGGGAUGAUGGAGGAGGGAGGAGCGAAGGACGAGGAAGACGAGGCCAGAAGGGACAUGGCGAGGACGCUGAAGGACCUGAAGCAAAGGCACCCAGAUAAAGACAUGGAGCAGCUGAUUGAGAUGGCUAAUUAUCAGGUUCUGAUGCAGCAGCAGAAGAGCAGAGCGUUCUACCGGAUCCAGGCCACCAGGAUGAUGAUCGGAGCCGGAAACAUCCUGAAGAAGCACGCUGCCGACCAGGCUCGCAAGGUGGUGAGCAGCCACGAGACACAGGCCCAGGAGGACGACCCUCACACCAUCCGGAUGGACUUCGAGCCUCCUCUGUACCAGUGCUUUGAAAACUGUGGCUCCCUGAAACUGACCGUGGCCCGACAUGGAGGAGACUCUGGAGUCACCGUCAAGGUGGAUUAUCGCACCGAGGACGGCACAGCCAACGCAGGUUCUGAUUAUGAGUUUGCCGAGGGAACCCUGCUGUUCAAGCCAGGAGAGACCCUCAAAGAGAUCACAGUCGGAGUGAUCGACGACGACAUCUUCGAGGAGGACGAGUAUUUCUACGUCCACCUCAGCAACCCUCGCGUGGUCGGUUAUCCUGAGAUCGGCACCGCCCCGCUGGACGCCAGCGCCACACCCAAAGCAGUGCUGGGUGACAACCACACGGCCACGGUGACCAUCUACGAUGACGACCACGCAGGUAUCUUUACCUUUGAGACCUCCAGUCAGCGGGUGAGUGAGAGCGUGGGCGUGAUGGAGGUGAAAGUGCUCAGGACCUCAGGUGCCCGAGGCCUUGUAGCCGUCCCCUACCGGACUGUGGACGGCACCGCUAAAGGAGGAGAGGACUACGAGCUGGCGUCCGGCAAGCUGGAGUUUCAGAAUGAUGAGACGAUGAAGAUCAUCGAGGUGAAGAUUAUUGACGAUGAGGAGUAUGAGAAGAACAAGGCCUUCACCAUCGAGCUGGGAGAGCCGGUCCUGCUGGAGAUCGGGCAGAAACACGGUGACUCCAACGAGAACAAGCCAGUGGUGGGAGCGGAGGAGGAGGAGGUGGCCAAGAUGGGCUGUCCCAGUCUGGGCGAGCACACACAGGUGGAGGUGGUCAUAGAGGAGUCCUACGAGUUCAAGAGAGCGGUAGACGAGCUGAUCUGGAGAGCUAACGAGAGUACGGUAGAUAAGUUAAUCAAGAAGACAAACCUGGCCUUGGUGGUGGGAAGCAGCAGCUGGAGGGAGCAGUUUGUCAACGCUGUUACUGUCAGUGCAGGAGACGAUGACGAGGAGGAGAGCGGCGAGGAGCGGCUGCCGUCCUGCUUCGACUACAUCAUGCACUUCCUCACCGUGUUCUGGAAGGUUCUGUUCGCUUUCGUCCCGCCCACGGAGUACUGGAACGGCUGGGCCUGCUUCAUCGUCUCCAUAUCGCUCAUUGGCGUCCUGACGGCGGUCACCGGCGAUCUGGCGUCACACUUUGGCUGCACGAUAGGCCUGAAGGACUCGGUGACGGCCGUGGUGUUCGUGGCACUGGGAACAUCUGUGCCAGACACAUUCGCCAGCAAGGUCGCCGCCAUCCAGGACCAAUAUGCCGACGCCUCCAUCGGCAACGUCACGGGCUCCAACGCCGUCAACGUCUUCCUCGGCAUCGGCGUGGCGUGGACCAUCGCGGCCGUCGCCUGGCGCUCCAAGGGCAAGGUGUUCAAGGUGGACCCGGGAAACCUGGCCUUCUCGGUCACCCUCUUCACCAUCCUGGCCAUGGUGUGCGUCAUCAUGCUGCUGUACCGGCGGAGGGCGGCGGUCGCCGGCGGCGAGCUGGGCGGGCCGCGGACUUGCAAGAUGAUAACGUCGCUGCUGUUCGUCUCGCUGUGGCUGGUUUACAUCCUGCUGGCUUCACUGGAGGCCUACUGCCAUCUACCUACGUUUUAAACAGCAGGGGGGAGGAGAGGGGGAGACACACUGCCAACAGGAGAGAGAGGAGGAGAGAGGAGGAGAGAGGAGGAGGG